AUACAUUUUUAAAAAUGACAUCAAUCAAUUUUUUUAUUUACUUAUUAUUUCAAAUACAUUUGGAGUGAAAGUGUAUUUGAAAUACAUUUUGUACAUAUAAAAAAGUGGAUUUUGUUUUUUUCUCAUGGUCACAUUGUCUGAAAACAUGCUAAUAAAAGUGGACGUGGAAGGUUAUUAUCGUGCAGAACUGCUUUUUGUCACGUUUGCCAGUAAUUUACUGUCAAUUUACUUACUGUCAAUUAACUAUAACUUAGCCGGAACAUUUUGUCCAACACUGUUUCCAUUUUUGACUUCGGCCUGAUUCCGUUUGUAUUGACGUUCUUCUAGAAACUACAUUACCCAGCAAGCUAAGCGGACUCAUCAUAGCAACCGUGCUUAGUAACCGUAAACUAAGGUCGAGACUCGACGUUGUUUUUGCGUUGAGGUCAGAUUCAUCUCGUAAAAGUUCGCUACUUUUCUGAUUAUUAAAGCGAAAAUGGGCAGAGACUAUUACGCUGCGCUGGAAAUCAACAGAAAUGCAACCGAUGGCGACAUAAAAAAGUCGUACCGUCGACUAGCGCUGAAGUAUCAUCCUCACGUUAACGGCCUUCCUGGAGCCUAUGAGAAAUUCAAUGAACUUGCUGAAGCUUAUGAUGUCCUGAGUGACCCUCAGAAAAAGGCCACAUACGACAAGUUCGGUGAGGAAGGCCUUAAAGGUGGAAUCCCCUCAGAUUCAGCAAACGGAGCGUGGUCAUCCGGAUACGUCUACCAUGGAAAUCCUGAAAAAAUAUUCAGGCUGUUUUUUGGAGGCGACAAUCCAUUUGCUGACUUCUACACUGCAGAUGGCAAUGAAGUGGACAUCAAUUUUGGAGGGCUUCGUGGACGAGGAGUGAAAAAGCAGGAUCCGCCAAUCGAGCGUGACCUUCAUUUAGCCUUAGAGGACCUUUUUUAUGGAUGCACCAAGAAGAUAAAGAUAUCCCGACGAGUGAUGAAUGAGGACGGCCACACUUCCAGCAUCAAAGAUAAGAUUUUAACCAUCACUGUGAAACCAGGUUGGAAAGAAGGGACACGGAUCACGUUCCCCAAAGAGGGCGACCAGGGUCCGAACAGCAUCCCAGCAGACAUCGUCUUCGUCGUGCGCCAAAAGCCUCAUCCGCGGUUCACCUGCCGAAAUAAUGAUUUGAUUUACACGGCGCAGAUCUCUCUAGAGAUGGCACUGACUGGCUUUUCAUUGGAAGUGGAGACGCUAGAUGGCAGGCUUCUCAACGUUCCUGUCAAUGACACUGUACACCCCCAGUACAGCAAGGUGGUGACUGGAGAGGGGAUGCCUUUAUCCAGCAACCCAUCUACUAAAGGGAAUCUGAUCAUCCAGUUUACUACUCGCUUCCCAGAGAAGCUCACUGCUGAGAAGAAACAGCUCCUGAAGCAAGCCCUCGCCAUGUGAUCUCCACAGCAUCCUUCUUAUGCCCUUUCUCAUCUAUUACGAUCCAUAUAAAUUUGUACAUGAGUGUUUGAUACCAAUGCUUCUGUUGAGACAGACACUUUUUUUAAAAGCUUUAUUAGCAGAUUUUAAAAGGACUUGAACAGAGCGAGAGAGAGUGAAAGAGAAAGGGAAGACCAGCUUUCCAGUCCCCGUUAUACUUUAAUGAAACUAAAAAGGAAAGUGGUGGGUGGGGGUGGGUUAGGCAGAUGUCAACUAGAAGGUUUAACUAAAG